AUGGGUAUCAAACCUCCGCUUCUUGGAUAUAUCAAAGUGCCCAACUUAGAGGUGGAAAAGAAGAAGCAAGAUCGACGCUUCGCUUUAGCCCAGAUCCGCGAUCCGUUGCACGAUCGAGUGGUCCCUUCGCGCGAAAUACCCGUCACGCAACCCGAAGACGAUGACGGCAAAACUCCAUAUAUUGCUGUCUCCUGGAAGUGGACCGAAAUUAAACGCGAGGCUCUUUACGAAGACCCUAACUCGCCGGUUUUCGACUACCGGAUCAAGAGACCAGGUGCGAAGUCUCAUAAGAGUAGUUUUCCUGACUCCUACAUGGAUCGGGUGAUUCGGUUCGUACAGAGCAUCAACGUAUCGAAGCUAUGGAUCGAUAAAGAGUGUAUAUACCAAAGGCCCGGAGACGAGCGUAUGUGGCCAGAAGACAAGCAGCAUGGAGUUCAAAUCAUGGAUGUAGUCUAUGGUGACAGCAACUGCUCGGUGGGGUUACUUACCGUGGACCUUGCACACCAACAGGAUAUCGACCUUCUGUCAAAGCCGCUUCAGGGCCGCCUCUUCAUUGAUCCUAAGAAUAAAGAUUCCCCCAAACUAAGACCCGAAGUCAACAUAAAGGCAGUACAGACGCUUAUUCUUCGUAUCCUCAGUGAUCCUCGCUGGUCACGCGGCUGGAUCUUCCAGGAAGACCAUUUGGCUUCAGACAGGAUGGUCUUGCUCAUACCAUACCCUAAACAUGGCCGUGUAAACUACGACUACGAAUUUGGGGACAUCACUGGAGAGCUGCAGAUCAAUCUUAAGGAUCUCCGACAGAACGUGACGUUGUUCUGCUUGGCUUGCCCUGAAGAACGACAGCGACAGCCCAAUACUGAUAUUAUAGGGAAGCUCAAGCAGUAUAACAUCUGGAACAGAAUCUUCAUAUCGCCUAAAGACAAGUAUCCGUUGCGCUCCCGAAGUGGUAGCAACGAUAGUCGUACUGAUGGCAGUGAGAUCAAACGGCAAAAUAUCGAAUUCAGGACUCCAGCUUUUUUGAAUACUACCAACAGCGUACUGGACGACAUUUGUACCCGGUCGUUGGAGAACGAGGAGGACAGGAUUGCCAUUCUCGCAAACGCUCUGAGGUUUACCAAGCGUAUAAACAUUUCCGAAGGGUCUACCAUACAUGAGCCAGGCAAAUACAGCCUCUCGGUAGCUCUCCUUGCACUUAUACUUAUGAAUGGGGAGAUCUUGACGAGUAGACCAUGGGAGCAAUAUGACUCAAUGUAUCUCCCCAGCGAGAGCAACUUGAUGCGGUACACCUUACGGUCUUAUCUAACGGCAUGCCGACACCCUUUCAUUGUCCCUAACAUGAAACUUCAGCAGAGGUUUGUCGACCGCUGUCGUCUCAAAUCUCCGAAAAUCACAUCUCGUGGUAUUGAGACAAAAGGCUACCUUUUCGAUUUAUUUCCCCAUGAGCAAUUGGAGGGUCAAGCAAAACAGCAUAGCACGCUUUGCUUAACUGAAGCAGACCGGGACGCUUUGUCGGACUUAGGUCAGGGUCCCGUGUUUCGGGGUAGAAAGCUCGAUAAGAAUGCACAUAUAGCGUUGGACCUUGUCAUCCAGAGAUUGGAGGAGCAGUGGCCAGGUAGUAAGCUUGCCAAUUACAUGCGCAGGCACUUAGUGCUCGAUCAACAUCCACCACGGCCGAAGGACGUGCGGCCAUCUACACCAUACGUAUUAGAUAUGAUGUUAGCACUCUACCAAGCUCUUCUCGAGAAACGAGAGCUCCGCUUUGCGCGACUAGUUUCAGCGCCACAAGAUACAGAACCUGCUGCCAUCUUCAUCAAACCGGAGCCAAAUGGUUGGAAGACUGAGCAUGCACUUGACAUAAAUCCCGACGGAGAGCCUAUGCUUGCGAAGGUUUUCACAAGCUGGGACAAGGGUCGUAAUUUUUAUGACAAGGAACGAUUGGCAAGUUUGGAAGUCGGCGUGACAUCCGACUUGGAACAUCAAGGGGAUGGGCAGGAGCGAGGUUGCUUCCUUUACAGCUACGGAUGGGUGAAUGGGGUUUGGUAUGCGGAAGGUGAUGCAAUGGAGACAUUUGUCUUUCCCCUCGCAGGAAUCACUGAACAAAAACAGCCUACAGAUCGUUCGUCGAGCAAUGAGGAAAGGAAGAGGAAGAGAGGAAUCGACACCUAA